CCGGGUGGAAACUGCCCGCGAUGAUUCGCUGGUUGGGCCACAUUUCCUUGACAGGCCUGUAAGCCCCGCCCGCCCCGAGUGAAACGACAACGCCAUUGGUCCGGAGAGCUGUCAAUGAGUGAUGACACGCAACACCGGCGAAUAGAGCGAGGGCGGGCUCAAGGAAGAAAAUUAUAAGGUCAUUGGAAUUACCAGGGCAACAAUCCAUCGUUAUAAUGCGACUAUAUCAGAUAACAGUGAAAUUAUGAAUUAAACGGGUGCAAAGUCUACCGAAGAAGCUGCGUGUAUAGCGUCAAAGACAGGACUGCGAUCCUCACACACCGGCGCGUGGAUAUCAGCGCAGGUAAACGCGGUGGAGGUUUCGCUUAAGCCGAUCAAGGUGGGAUUGAACGAAACGGGUUUCCUUUCUGCCGUAAUACACACGUUGUCGUGACCACGGAGACAGAAACCGAGGAUGUUGCGGUUGGCUUGCUCCACGGUCCUGCUCCUCGUUCUCAGGCUCUUCGCGGGUCUGCCCUGGUUCCAGGUUCUGCCAUCCCUUUUUAUUUUCUACGUGGGUUCUGGAGGAUGGAAGUUCCUCCGUGUGUUUGCAAAGACAAUUUACCGCGAUUUACAUGCAGCCAGCGUGUUGCUGAGAGUGAAACUGAACGUCAAAAAGAACCUACGCGAGCGAAACACACUCCCCAAACUUUUUGCCAAGUCUGUCCAAAAAUACGGUGACAAGACGGCUCUGAUUUUCGAAGGAACGGGUGAGAAAUGGAGCUUCAAGGAGCUGGAUGACUACUCCAACCGUGUGGCUAACCUCUUCCUGCAGAGGGGCUUUAAGGAGGGCGAUGUGAUCGCUCUCUUCAUGGAGAACCGCUCCCAGUACGUGGGGCUUUGGCUGGGCAUGGCAAAGAUCGGAGUGGAGGCGGCGCUCAUCAACUUCAAUCUGAGACUGGAGGCUCUGGUUUACUGCGUCAACAUCUCUAAUGCUAAAGCCGUGGUGUUCGGCAUUGAACUUACAGAUGCGUUGUGUGAGGUGCACAGCUCUAUGGGAAAGACAGUGAAGCUCUUCUGCUCGGGAGAGUGGGAUUCUAAACGGGUUCCAGAGGGGACUGAGUGUCUGGAGACGCUGCUGGAGGCAGCACCUUCAAACCAGCCCAAACAACCAGAUCGGAGCUUCACAGAUCGCCUGUUUUACAUUUACACAUCAGGAACAACUGGAAUGCCAAAAGCUGCUAUCGUUGUACACAGCAGGUAUUACCGCAUGGCUGCCCUGGUGUACUAUGGUUUCAGAAUGAAGUCUGAGGAUGUGCUUUAUGACUGCUUACCGCUUUACCACUCAGCAGGUAAUAUUGUGGGAGUUGGACAGUGUCUGAUUCAUGGAAUGACUGUGGUGAUCCGAAAGAAAUUCAGUGCGUCUAAAUUCUGGGAUGACUGUAUCAAAUACAACUGCACAAUCGUCCAGUACAUUGGUGAGAUCUGUCGGUAUCUACUGAAUCAGCCAAAGAAGGAAGCUGAGCACCAGCACAAGGUCCGUAUGGCCCUCGGCAAUGGCCUCCGCCUGUCCAUCUGGGAGGAAUUCACCAACCGCUUCAACGUGCCGCAAAUCGCAGAGUUCUACGGAGCCACAGAGUGCAACUGCAGCCUGGGCAACUUCGACAAUAAGACGGGCGCUUGUGGAUUUAAUAGUCGGAUCUUGCCUUACAUCUACCCCAUCCGCUUGGUGAAAGUGGACGAGGAGACCAUGGAGCUCAUCCGAGGACCUGAUGGUGUCUGUAUACCGUGUGGUCCAGGAGAACCCGGUCAGUUAGUCGGCAGAAUCAUUCAGAACGACCCCCUAAGACGAUUCGACGGCUACGUCAACCAAUCGGCCACUAACAAGAAGAUCGCCCACAGUGUCUUCAAACUGGGAGAUAGUGCUUACCUCUCAGGGGACGUCCUGGUGAUGGACGAGUGUGGCUACAUGUAUUUCAGAGACCGUACUGGAGACACGUUCCGCUGGAAGGGAGAGAACGUGUCCACCACUGAGGUGGAGGGGACGCUCAGUCGCCUGCUGGAUAUGAAGGAUGUGGUGGUGUAUGGCGUUGAGGUGCCAGGUGCGGAAGGCAAGGCAGGGAUGGCGGCCAUAGCAGACCCAGAGCACAACACAGAUCUGCAGAAGUUCAGCAGAGAGUUGGAAAAAGCUCUACCACCCUACGCUCGACCCGUGUUCCUACGCUUCCUACCAGAAGUGAAUAAAACAGGGACUUUUAAAUUCCAAAAGACAGACAUGCGGCACGAGGGAUUUGACCCCAACGUUGUCUCUGAUAAACUCUGCUUCCUGGACUGCACUAAGGGACAGUAUGUGGAGAUGAAUGCAGAACUUCAUCGCAACAUCGUCUCAGGAAAGCAGAAAUUAUGAGACUACCGUCUAUCUCCGCCCAUUCCCUCACUGGCCCCGCCCCCCUCAUCGCCCCGCCCCUCGUUACCUCAGCAACCACAGUGAGGGGCUGCAGGAACACAUUCUGGCUCCAUCUUCAAGCUGAUUCCUAUAUACACCACAGCGUCCCGGUCCGGACCCACCACAAGGAGGCACACAGCGAUUCUAAAAGCAAAAAAAGUGAAAAUGUUAAAAAAAUCAAGCAAUUUAGCAGAAAAACACACAAAAAUGAAAAAAAAAAUGAAUGGCACAAAGACCAAACACACCAUCUGUCAAACGGUAAAGCUUUCCCUCGCCUCAGAUGCACAAUGCUUCGCUACGUGAUUUGAGACUGACAUGCGUCCAUCGAGAUGGAUUUAAUAAGCGACUGCUAUUGCCCCCUCAAGCCCUGACCAAACCAUAUGGAUCGAAGUGCAAUACGAACCAAAUGGCGGCUUUGUGCUUGUCAGCCGUCAUUAAUUGAUCGAUGGUAUUUAUUAUAACAUGCACCAAAUAUAUUUAAGUUUAAUAGCCCGUCAUCUAUUAAGUCAUGAAUCUGCAAUCACACAACUAUUGUAUCCAUACAACGGCUUCUGAAAUUUGGUGGGCGCCGUCAGCAUGAAAGCUUAGUUAGCCAUUUCUGCAGAAAAGUAAACAACAGCGUCAUCAUCUCGACGCAGACAUGAUGAUCAUUUUGUAUCCGACGAGGAUCUUCUGCACAUAGUGAACUUUGCAUUGAGGCAAAUGGAAGCAGUGUGAAACUUUGGUGCUGUACAGCAUGUUUUCUCCCCAUCUGUGUAGUGAUGGUUGAAAUAACCUCGCUUCCUGAUGGGAAAUGAAUGAAGGCAGAGGGGAACGAAGUAAAGGCUAUUGACAUCCGUACCAUCCGAGUUUUGGUUUUACUUUUAGCGGCAUGAAUGGUAGAUGCAAACAGAGCACUGUGCCUUACUGUCAGGUCACCAUAUAGUGUUAGUGCCCUCGUCAUGUAUCAUUACACCUCACCUAGCCAUCAUCUCCUCCCAUCAUGCCAAGUGUCCAAUAUUGCAUAUAUGGGCAUCCUUUUCCAUUCCGUGUGUAUAUUGCGCGAUACUCUCUUUCCUAUUCUCCGUAGUCUACGAAGGGUUGAUUUAUUUAUAUCGUAGCAAGUAUUCAAGUGUGUGUGUGUGCACGUGUAAGAUGACUGUGGGACGGCACUCGAAUUUCUUCAGUCAAUGUUUUGUCGGCCACCUAUGCAUAACCAUACAUUGCAGAUAAGGGAAAUUAUUAAACUGUGUUGUUAUCUCACAAAAAAACUUGAGUCCUAAAAACAUUUUUAUGACAAAUAGUCAUAUGCCCCUAAAUUUGUAUUACUGUAAUGUAAAAAAAUCAUUGUAAUGACAUAGAAGGGCUUAUUCUUAUUAAUGUAGUUACAAAAAAGAUCAUUAUCUAACGACUGUCACUGUAAUGACGGCAAAAUCUCAGUCGUAUUACCGUAAUGAUUAAACCUCAUUUUCAUUACCGUAAUGACAGCAAAAUCUCAUUUUCACUAUCCUAAUAAUUAAUUUUUUUCUGUUAUAAGAAAAUCUUGGUACGGUAAUAACAGCAAAAUUUCAUUUUCCGUACUGUAAUAAGAAAAUCUCGUUGUCAUUACCGUAAAAACAGCAAAAUCUCAUUGUCAUAGCCCUAAUAAUAUUUUUUUUAUUUUUUAUUCUUGUAAUAAGAAAAUCAAAUUCUCAUUACGAUAAUGACAGGGAAAAAAACACCUCAUUACGGUAAUAACAGCAAAAUGUCAUUCUCUUUACCGUAUUGAUAAAAUCUCAUUCUUGUUAUUGUAAUGAAAGCAAAAUUUCAGUACUGUAAUUACUCUAAUUUAAAAAAUAUAUAUAAAAGGUGUCUGGAUGUUGUACGUUUUCUUAUUUUAAAAUCAGCGUAUAUUAAAGUCAGAUCAGAAGAACUACCGCAAUCUUCAUUUGCAAUUGUCCAUAUAUGUAUCAUUAUUAAAACACAAUUUUUAUUUUAUAAAGGUGGGGUGAAAAUGACAUUUCCAGGCAUUUCUGUGAAAAUCACCUGUGCAGCUGCACUGGACUAUUUAGGGUACAGCAGUGGUGUCAUGGGUUAGUCACCCAAUCGGAUGCAGUUGUAUCCAUCAAUAUUCUUAUCUUGUUUUUUUGUGGCUUAUGUUUUUAAUAUCACUUGGGUUUUUUACAGUAAUUUUGUAUAACAGAAAGGUUCAGAUCUGUUGUGGGUUCAGCUUUAUUUUUACCGCUUUGCUUGUCUAUGUUUUUUAGUUCUAGAUGUGUUAAAGAGUGAGAUUGAAACCGCAUCUAACAACACUUCAAGUGUCUCCUUAUGAAGUUUGAAUGCUGCUUGACAAGCAUUUCUUUCAUGAAAGUGUGUUAGUGUUUGUGUCCUAUGACUGCAAGUCUCUCUACCAGUCAACUUGCUGAGGCCUCUCUUAUUUUUUUCCCAGUUAAAGGAACAGUUCACCCAAGUCUGAUUUUUCUCGCCUUCAGCUUGUUCCAAACCUGUAUGCUUUUGUAUCUACAACACACCCUUAAAAAAUCAUGACCUACCUAGAAAUGUAUUCAUAUGACAUUCAUAUGAAUAUCUCCAUAUUUCAAGUCUUCUGAAGCCAUACAACAGCGUUGUGUGAGAUCUUAAUAUGCACUGAAAAUCUCUAUAAACCAUCUUUUGCUGUCAUUCAGGUUUGGCAGGACAUGAGUAAAUGAUGACAGAAAUAUCAUCUUUGGUGAACAGCUCCUUUUAAGAAAAAUGACACUUGUGCACACACAAAACGUCCUUCGCUUUUAAAGGUUUUGUCAUAAUUUUAUAUGAUCCCUUUGAGAGGGAAUGCUGCAUAUUAGGUUUGGACUUCAUUUUUUAUGUUUGUAAAAGCAUCACCGAUGUGAAAUACAGAACGGUGUUCUGUGAAUUGUCUUCAAUAGCCUACUUUAAGAAUUGCUUUGUGAGGAGUUACUUUUUAAGUUUGCUGUACUCCACUCCUAAAACAUACUUUAUAAGUUAUGAUGUUCAUAUAUGAUGUGUUUCUUCAUUUUAUAUGUUCUUUAAUUAGCGACGAGCGAUGUAAUUCUCGUGUCUGUUCACUAGGUGGAGGUGGUGCUCAUUGAGUGGACCUCAAAUUUAUUCCAUACAUUUUCCUUCCUCUUGUUCAAAAUUGCUUGUUUUUAUCAAACUACACCAUGUUAAAUUAUUUAAUGAGGGAUGUACGUUUUUUAUUUAACUUGGUAUUCUGUUGAAGGGCAGAGAAAUAAUUUUUAUUUGUCACACUUGUCAAAAGAUUGUUCAUAAUUGCUCUGUUUUGUUUAGUCAGUUUUUUCUGUUUGGUACUCAGGAACAACAUUACAGGCAUCAGAGAGGAGGGGAAUUGUGUGUGUGUGUGUGUGCGCGUGUCUGUGUGCGCCUGCGUUCGUGUGUGUUUAUGUAGCGGAGGUGUGUGAGGUGUGACGUGUCACACUGAAGUCCUCUCGUCCUAAAGACUAGCUGUAAAUCGUGCUCUUUCAAAACAAUGGCAUCCAAGAAACAAUAUUAAUAAAAAAUGAAAUAUUAAA